AUGGAACACUAUCCCAAAUUUGCAAAGGCCGUUGAUGCACGAAAGAAGGAAUUCAUUGAGCGGCUUCGAGAGGCCGUAGCAAUUCCUAGUGUUUCCACUGAGCCAGCGAGAAGGAAGGAUGUUGUUCGCAUGGUUGAAUGGAUGAGAAAGCAACUAGAAAAGCUUGGCACAAAAUGCGAGUUGUAUGUUGCUGGAAAACAAACGCUUCACGAUGGUACGACCCUUGAUUUACCUCCGAUACUUUUUGGAGUCUUGGGAGAAGACAAGAAGAAAAAAACGCUUCUGGUCUAUGGUCAUUUGGAUGUUCAGCCUGCUGCUAAAGAAGACGGUUGGAAUACUGAACCGUUUGAAUUAGUCGAAAAGGACGGAAAAUUGUUUGGACGCGGGUCUACAGAUGAUAAAGGACCAGUUGUUGGUUGGGUGAACGCUAUAGAAACUUUGCAGAAAAACAACAUUGAAGUUCCUGUAAAUAUAAAGUUUUGCUUCGAAGCCAUGGAAGAAAGCGGUUCAGAGGGUCUUGAAGAAACUCUGCGUGCCCGAAAAGACACCUUCAUGAAAGGAGUCGAUUUCACUUGCAUUUCUGACAACUACUGGCUCGGGAAGACAAAACCAUGUAUUACUUAUGGGCUGAGAGGUGUUUGUUACUACUGUAUGGAAAUUUCUGCUGCUAAACAAGAUCUGCAUUCGGGAUGCUUUGGAGGCACAGUGUAUGAACCAAUGGCAGACGUAGUUUGGAUGAUGAAUCAGCUUACAAAUCUUGACGGACAUAUAAAUAUAAAGGGUUUGAACGAGAUGGUUGCUCCGGUGACUGAAGAGGAGAGGAAAUUGUAUGAAGCGACGGAUUUCGAUAUGGAAGAAUAUCGCAAAGACAUCGGUGCAGUAAAACUGUCAAAGAAAACAAAAGAGGAUCUUUUGAUGGGCAGGUGGAGAAAUCCAACUCUAUCGCUUCAUGGCAUCGAAGGAGCAUUCAGUGGUGCAGGUGCAAAAACUGUAAUCCCUGCCAAAGUAAUAGGUAAAUUCAGUAUUAGAAUCGUUCCCAACAUGCAUCCUGACAAGGUCGACAAACUUGUAAUCGAACACCUGAAUGAGCUUUGGAAGAGCCGUGGCUCACCAAACCGCUUCAAAGCGUACUCUAGCCACUCCGGUAAUUACUGGUUAUCAGAUUUCAAGCAUCCACACUAUCAAUGCGGAGCGAGAGCGAUGAAAACAGUUUAUGGAGUAGAACCCGAUUAUACCAGAGAAGGGGGUAGCAUUCCAAUAACAUUGACCUUUGAAGAGGUGACUGGUAACAAUGUGUUGCUAUUACCAGUCGGUGCUGGUGAUGAUAUGGCUCAUUCUCAAAACGAGAAAAUUAACGUAUCUAACUACAUCGAAGGGACAAAAGUCCUUGGAGCUUAUCUUUUAGAACUAGGAAAAAUGUAA